CUUUGUGUUGCAUAGACACUCACUGUCUGAGCAACUGGAAUUUCUUUUGAAAUGCUGAAUAUAAACCAUUUUAACCAAAAGUCUUUUUCUUUGCAAGCAAUGCUGAGAGAAAAUAAGUCUGUUCACCCAAAGAGGAGCUGCUGGUCUUCUCUGCCAUGCUUUAAGCUGGUUGCACAUGAAGAUGAAAAGACCAACUGGGUUUUUGAAAGGUACUUUCAAACAUAUCGUCCUAGUUGUUAUCGGACUUUGUUUUAUUUACAUGAUCAAGAUAAAUUUCAAGACAUGUGAUGCAACAAGAGGUCAUUAUGUGAAUCCUGAUCAUGCGCAGAGAGCCCAGAAGUACAUAGAGGGAAUUCUGCAAGCCGAGUGUCGGCCAUCUUUUGCGAAGAACAAAAUGACCAAGCUAUUUAUGAACAAGUACACUAUGGAUAUGCCUCCUUUUAUCACUAAAGACAUCCACACUCAACCAGCUCUCUUCAAAUAUGAGCCACCUUUUGGAUUUCACAAGUUUUCGGAGAAACUUCAGGACUUACUGCGACUCCUACCUGAACACGAUUUGCCGGAAGACCUGCGGUCUAAGCCCUGUAAACAUUGCGUUGUGGUGGGAAAUGGCGGAGCACUGCACAGACUGAAGUUGGGUUCCGUCCUGAAUCGCUUUGAUAUUGUUAUAAGAUUAAAUAAUGCACCUGUUCAGGGAUAUACAGAUGAUGUCGGUAACAAAACAACAAUAAGAAUGACCUACCCGGAGGGAGCCCCCUUAUCUCAGGAUGAAUAUAAUCCAGAUGGCUUGUUUGUGGCAGUUUUAUUUAAGGCUAUUGAUUUUGACUGGAUCAAAGCAAUGGUAAAAAAUGAAAUGCUACCCCUCUGGAUGCAGCUCUUUUUUUGGAAGCGAGUGCCCACAAAAAUACCUGUCAUGCCUAAGCAGUUUCGGAUUUUGAACCCAGUAAUCAUUAAGGAGGUUGCUUUGGAUAUUCUGCAGUACCCGGAACCUCGAACAAAAUUCUGGGGCUGGGAUAAGAACAUACCCACAAUUGGAGUGACAGCAGUUGUUCUGGCUACGCAUUUAUGUGAUGAAGUGAGUUUAGCUGGGUUUGGAUAUGACCUCAGACAACCUGACGCACCGCUGCAUUAUUAUGACAGUCUCUGCAUGAAGACAAUGAAUGGGCAAAUCAUGCACAACGUGACAACGGAAACAAUAUUUCUGCAAAAGCUGAUAAAAGAAGGUGCUGUGAGAGAUCUCAGUGGAGGAAUCUAUUGUGACUUCUGUGAAAAAGCAAGCUAAUGCUAGAACCCCAAGUCGGAGGUUGACUUUUGCAUGCUCCUGCAAGCUUCUCUUUGUUGAAAAGAGCCAUUUCAGUAUUCCAUGCAGACCAUUAUAAGGAACUUCUGUAGUAGUAGAAAAUAACUUUUUUUUUGUUGACUGUUUGGCAAAGAUUUCUGAA